AGCUGGUUGGCCCGCAGUGUACGAGCAAAAUGGCGUCCGAAGAAGAAGUGUGUACUGAGGUCGUGAUACAGCCAGAAGACAUUGAAUAUGACGACGAACAAGAAAUACAAGAGAUUGAAAUCGAGACUAUACCCGUAGAGAUGCCUAUGGAAACCGUUGAGACAACAAUUGCAGAAAUAGAUACGAACCAACCGAUGAUAGCGCUUCAACCGUUACCCGAACCGGGGAGAGAGGAGAUCAUUUUGCAAACGACGGAGGAAGUUGUUGGAGCCGAUCAGUUUGGAAUUGUGCAGUACGAGAUUCCAGUACCCGUACCAGAAGAAACUAUAAUCGAAACAGAACCGUCUUCGUCAAGAAAAAUGAAGGGUCGUGGACGAAAGAUACUUAGACGUAACGAAUUGACGGAGCUGAGUUUCGACAGUGGUGAUCGCAGCAACCGAAAAUGGGAACAGAAACAGGUUCAGAUAAAAACGCUAGAAGGUGAAUUUUCCGUCACAAUGUGGGCAUCAGGCGGGGACGAGAAGAAACCACUGUCGGAAGAGUCCGAACCCGAUCCGGACUAUACCGAAUACAUGACUGGCAAAAAAAUACCACCAGGGGGCAUACCAGGUGUAGAUCUGAGCGAUCCUAAGCAGUUAGCAGAGUUUGCAAGACUAAAGCCUAAACGACAAAGUGAGGAUAUGCCCAGGACAGUGACAUGUCCUCACAAGGGCUGCACCAAGAUGUUUAGGGACAAUUCGGCUAUGCGGAAGCAUCUCCACACACAUGGUCCUCGAGUGCAUGUCUGCGCAGAGUGUGGCAAGGCAUUUGUUGAAAGUUCCAAGCUGAAGAGGCAUCAGUUGGUGCACACGGGAGAGAAACCGUUCCAGUGCACAUUUGAGGGAUGCGGGAAGCGAUUCUCCUUGGAUUUCAAUCUUCGUACCCACGUGAGAAUCCACACUGGUGACAGGCCUUAUGUUUGUCCGUUUGAUGGGUGCAACAAGAAGUUUGCACAGUCAACCAACUUAAAAUCUCACAUCCUAACACAUGCCAAAGCAAAGUCAAAACCAUCGCCAGUGACAUCAACUGUCACUCUUUGGACUGGUCAGGUAUGAUUGGCCUACUCCAUUCAUCACACCAUCAUCUGCACAUUACUAUCAGUCACCAAGGAGUUUGCUGUUGCUUUCAUGUAUUCCAAUUAGUUCCUUAAUGGCCAUAGACAACACAGAAAACACACAUGCACUGUCUAAAAAAAAGUCCAUCAUCUGAGAAUGCUUUAAAUAAUUGAUCUGGCAGCAACAGGAGUUUGUGAUCAUUGCUUUGUAUGAUAACACAACACAGAAAUCAAGAGUUGGUAAAAUAAUAAUGAUGCAGGGAAUUAAUUGGAAUUUCAGAGCAGUUAUACAUACCUGUUUUAAUCAGAUAUUUUGUAUGUGUUAUAAAUAUUUUCAUUAAUAGUGGAUAUACACUGACAGCUAUUUGCCCCUGUAAUCAGACCAAAAGCAGACACAAUGCCCCCACAGCAGUAGUAAGAGUUCAUGUGAAGUAAUUAAACCUGUUAUCAUCCAUUGGCCUAGUGGCUCUUAUAUAUUAAUUAUAUAUUAUGGGUUAUAGAAUUUGGAAUAACUAUUUGUGUGGCUGCAGUCAGUAAGUGCUUCAUUUAUAUAUCAUAUAAUUAUUGACAAGAGACAGUGUAAUAUACAGGCUAAAUGACAAGUAGAUAUUUUAUAUAUAAUGCAGUAUGUGAUCAUACUAAUAUAAGAUGACGUCACUUCCUAUAGUAAAAACGAUUUUACUUGGCGAAGGAUAAUGCUUUGGAGCCAUAAAUGGUCAUUAUUUUCACGUGAACAAUGUAAAAAAAUCAGGUUUGACAUGAAGUUCAGAGAUAAACUGUCAUUUGCAUGCCUGGUUGAAUGAAUGAAGUCAUGUUUGUAUCCUACAUAUUAAAUUCUCAGGCAUUUUGUUGUUUCAGUGUGUGAAUUCAAGAAUAAAUGUAGGAGGUAUUUUAUUGAUUAGGUGACCGUUUUCAUGUAUGUGACUAGAGUUAAAUCAGGUUUGGCACACGCUGUUGUCAUGGUUAGUUGUUCUGCUAUUUUACAUUGACUGUUGUUAUGCAACAAACUUUAGAACCAGUUUCCAGGUGUAUGUUACAGGUAUCAUUGCAUAGUAAUGUGUACUCUUCUACUUGUAAUAUAAGAAAUUCUUGUGAUUGCCUGUAGGCUUGUAAAUUUCACAAACAAACAUAACACAGCUUCUAAAAUUUCAUGUGGACUAUUCUGUUAGUGAUCUAAUGGCAUCAUGUGAAAAGUUCUGCAAUGCAUGCUGAUUAAAUUAUGCCCAUGUUUAGAAGACGGUAA